UCGAGUCCGGCGGAUCAGAGAUCAGAACACGGGAUAUAUUAGCUCCGAUCGCGAGUACCUUUUCCCACGUCUUCCUCACAAUAUUUGCGGCAAUGUCAAUUCAUCUGGGUAAAUUCAGCAGUUUUGCUCAGUUGUUAACUGUUGGAUUGAGUUUAUGUGUUGCCUUAAACGGGGUUAUAACUGGCGCAUCCGUAAAGCCCAAUAUCAUCAUUAUAAUGGCCGACGAUCUGGGUUUCAACGACGUAAGUUUUCGCGGCUCCAACAACUUUCUCACUCCCAAUAUUGAUGCACUGGCGUACAGUGGUGUGAUUCUGAAUAAUCUCUAUGCCGCACCUAUGUGUACUCCAAGUCGAGCAGCUUUACUAACUGGAAAGUAUCCUAUUAAUACAGGUAUGCAGCAUUAUGUGAUAGUGAACGAUCAGCCUUGGGGUCUUCCACUGAAUGAGACCACCAUGGCAGAGGUUUUCCGGGGAAAUGGCUACCGAACAAGUCUCCUGGGAAAAUGGCAUUUGGGAAUGUCACAGCGUAACUUUACGCCCACUCAGCGGGGUUUCGAUCGGCACUUAGGCUACCUUGGUGCCUAUGUAGAUUAUUACACACAGAGCUAUGAACAAAAGAGUAAAGGCUACAACGGCCAUGACUUUCGUGACAAUCUCAAGUCCACCCACGAUCAGGUGGGAAAGUACGUCACCGAUGUACUGACCGAUGCUGCCGUCCAGGAAAUCGAGGAUCACGGAUCGAAAAAUGAAAGCCAGCCACUCUUUCUGCUUCUGAAUCACCUGGCUCCCCAUGCUGCAAAUGAUGAUGAUCCCAUGCAGGCACCAGCUGAUGAAUUAGCCCAUUUCAGUUAUAUACAAAAUGAGACACAUCGUUACUAUGCCGCAAUGGUUUCGAGAUUGGAUAGAAGUGUAGGCCUGGUCAUAGAUGCCCUGGCUCGACAGGAAAUGCUCCAAAACAGCAUUGUGCUCUUCCUGUCUGAUAAUGGUGGGCCAACCGAAGGACAACACGCCACCACAGCCUCGAAUUAUCCAUUAAGAGGGCAAAAGAACUCACCCUGGGAGGGUGCCCUGCGAUCCUCGGCUGCCAUUUGGAGUACUGAGUUCGAGCGGCUGGGAAGUGUCUGGAAGCAACAGAUCUAUAUAGGCGACCUUCUGCCUACAUUGGCCGCAGCAGCUGGAAUUACACUGGAUCCGGGACUCCAUCUAGACGGCCUGAAUCUUUGGUCGGCUCUCAAGUAUGGAUACGAAUCGGUGGAGAGGGAGAUUGUCCACGUGAUCGAUGAGGACGUGGAGGAACCACAUCUGUCCUAUACACGUGGCAAGUGGAAGGUAAUUAGUGGUACUACCAGUGGAGGAAUUUACGAUGGCUGGAUGGGUGAAGGGAUAACGGAUGAGAAUGAUCCUCGCUACGAGUUCUACGAGGAUGUCAUCCGGAAUACCAGUGUGUGGCAGCAUUUGCAGGGGGUGUCAACCGGUCCGGGCAACAUCACCGAACUGAGGGAGCAGGCCAGAAUUGAGUGCCCGGAUCCUGCGACAGGGAUCAAAAGCUGCAUGCCCCUCGAGGCACCCUGCCUUUUCGACAUCGAGGCGGAUCCCUGUGAACUGAGCAACCUGUAUGAGGAGUAUAAAAACUCAACCAUCUUUCUGGAUCUCUGGUCCCGAAUCCAACAGUUUGCCAAACAGGCUCACCCUCCUAAUAAUAAACCAGCGGAUCCGGAAUGUGAUCCAAGAUUUUACCAUAAUGAGUGGACAUGGUGGCAGGACGAGCAGGCCUCUGGUUCAGCGUCAUUAGGACAGAUGAAAGUUAUAAACUUUUUCCCGAUAUGUAUACUUGUAUGUAUCAUCAGUCUUGUGAUAACUAUAUGAGUAAGUGAAACAGCUUGAAAGAACAAUCAUAUAACUAACACGUUUUCAAUACCAGCAAUAAUACCUAUUAGUUUCUAAGUAAACUAUUAUAUUAAUGUACUUACCCGCGUAAAUUAAAGAAUCUAAUUAAGGAAUGAUAAGCAACGGCAAUAUCUUUAUAAUAAUGAUAACCUUUUGCUCUCCCUAGACUACUCACAGUGAAUAGAGAGUUUGGAGAAAAGUAAUUUAGAUAAUUAAUAGCUUAAAUUUGACCAAGCCGAAAACAUUCCUGGGCAAUGUCUAAACGGAUCCAGUACCCAAUAGGCAAUUCACCCGAUUAUCUUAUCGAUCACUUCUGUGAAAACUGAUAAUUGCAAAACCCCCUCAAAUCAAUCAGUGAAUGAAAACUCUGUCAAUCAAAGGGGUUCACAAAGUAUUUUACAGAUCAUAGGUAAAAUAUGAGGUAUUAUUUUUCGACAUUGCAGGCAAAGUAAGAUUUUGUGUCCGAGACACUUUUGUAAUCAAUAUUUAUCGUUUUUGUUGAUUUAUAUAAUAUGCCUAAUUAACACUAAGGAACUAUAGACUAGCUCAGGCAUAAAUGUAAAAUGUUAAUAAAAUGUUUGUAAGCUUUGUAACUUUGUUUCUUUAAUUUAAUUUCAAUUAAAUAAA